CGCUACCGCCCCGCCUCCAGCUAGUAGGCAAAGGCGAAGGCCCAUUUUUGUCCUCGAAAGCAAACUGCUUUCUGUGCCCAGGGCCGCAAGCACAUAAAUACCUCCGUAGUACGUCAAAAGCCUUAAUAUAGUUUUAGUUCUAUCUGCUUCAUCAAGCAGACUGCUUGGCCCAACAAUUCUUCACAUCUGUGAGACAUAUACUAACGAUGUCUUUUUCAAUCAGUAUCAGAUUUUUCAGCUCAAUUUUUCAGUGGGACAGAAACUCCGAAUUCUGUACACAACAGCAGGCAUUAAUUAUGCGUGAUGUAGUUGUAUCGCAAGAAAGAACUGUUUCACUGUAAACCUGUGAUGCAGAGAACGAAACACCAAAGUGUUUGUCUUGCUACACCUGCAACGCAAUGGCUUUUUAAGCGUGUUUUCCCUUGGGAAACGCGCAUGGCAAAUUUUCUGUGUCAUGUGUAAGAAACUUGUGAUGCAGAUCUUGCAAAACCAUCACAGUGAAGCAGUUUUUUCGUGGGAUAUGUUGAUAUAAUUCGUCGUCCGAGUGCCGUCGCGUGGAAGACAGCCCCGCGCACUUCCUCUAUCAAUGUGAAAAAAGCCCCCACCCCAUAUCGGAAACGGAAGAUUCGCGAAUUUGUGAUGCUGUAUUUGAGUACACAAAUCGACGUGUAUUGCUAGAAGGCCAAGAGACGAAGCUGCGGCCUAAAUUGCAGGCAAUCUGUCAUGCUGUUUCCCACUUCCAGUUGCCUCCUGUCAUCCUGGCGCUGCAAGGCUUUCCCACGUUAGGCAGCACUACAGUCCGGCGCAUCUUUUGCCUUCUAGCAUCACAAAGCUGAUUUGUGGCCACAAAUCUGCAUCACAGAUUUCCGUUUUGAUAUGGGGAGGGGGCAUUUUUAAUUGUAAUAUCCUCGAAUGCUAUGCGAUAGGUAUCAACCUUGAAACACUAUCAUGUCCGCAGCGUCUUGCCAAGGUCUUCGCCUAUGUGGCACAUGUGCCACCAGACGACUCCAGCACUGACGCAGAGCUUUGAACCCCUCGCGGGGCUUCCCGCCCGUGGGCACUACGAAAUUUCGUAUAACGCCGUACCUGGUGGCAGGCACGCAAAAGCAUCUGUCAGAGGGCAUGAUGCGUGAUGUGUGAGACUACAUUCAGCUUGCCGCUGAAGCUGCUUCACAUCUAAAGACCGUGGCGCAAGUAUCGAUCGAAAUGACGCUCGCAGCGAGAACCGCAUUGGUGCAGCCAUCAG